UUGCCCAACUUACCACUUUGCGCUCAGAUCUCAUGGCUGCCCCGUCGAACGUCCGCGUGCUUGGCCACGUCACGAAGGAGUUCCAGGACAUCCUCACGCCCGACGCCCUCCGCUUCCUCGCCUUCCUCCACGAGAACUUUGAGACGCGCCGCCAGUCGCUCCUCCAUGCGCGCUGCCAGCGCCAGCGCGACCUCGACGCCGGCGUCUUCCCGAGCUUCUUGCCCGAGACCAAGUACGUGCGCGAGAGCGACUGGAAGGUCGCGUCGAUUCCCAAAGAUCUCGAGGAUCGCCGUGUCGAAAUCACGGGCCCUGUCGACCGCAAGAUGGUCAUCAACGGCCUCAACUCGGGUGCCAAGUGCUACAUGGCCGACUUUGAAGACUCGACGUCGCCCGUGUGGCACACGCUCGUGUCGGGCCAAAUCAACCUCAAGGAUGCGGUGCGCCGCACCAUCUCGUACACGCAGGGCAACAACGGCAAGAAGUAUGCGCUCAACGCGUCGACGGCGACGCUGCUCGUGCGCCCCCGCGGCUGGCACCUCGACGAAGCCCAUGUGACGGUCAACAACCAGAUCCUCUCGGGCUCGCUGUUUGACUUUGGUCUCUACUUCUUCCACAACGCGCGCGAACUCGCGCUCCGUGGCUCGGGCGCGUACUUUUACCUCCCGAAGCUCGAGUCGCACCUCGAAGCGCGCCUCUGGAACGACGUGUUUGUCGCUGCCCAGAGCUACCUCGGGAUUCCCAACGGCACGAUCCGCGCGACGGUCCUCAUCGAGACGAUCCUCGCCGUCUUUGAGAUGGACGAGAUCCUCUUUGAGCUCAAGGACCACUCGAGCGGUCUCAACUGCGGUCGGUGGGACUACAUCUUUUCGUUCAUCAAGAAGUUCCGCAACCACGCGUCGUUUGUGCUGCCCGACCGCUCGGAGAUUGGCAUGACGACGCCCUUCAUGGCCUCGUACGUCAAGCUGCUCAUCCACACGUGCCAUCGCCGCGGCGCGCACGCCAUGGGCGGCAUGGCCGCGCAGAUUCCGGUCAAGAACGACCCAGCGCUCAACGAUAAGUUUAUGGCGGCCGUCCGCGAAGACAAGCUGCGCGAAGCCAACGCGGGCCACGACGGCACGUGGGUCGCGCACCCGGGCCUCGUCAAGAUUGCGCUCGACGUGUUCAACCAGGUCAUGCCGACGCCCCACCAGAUUGCCAAGGUCGCCGAGGCCGGCAAGCACGUGACGGCCGCGGACCUCAUUGCCGUCCCGACUGGCGGCAUCUCGUACACGGGUCUCGAGGAGAACAUUGACGUGUCGCUCGAGUACACGGAGGCGUGGCUGCGCGGCAACGGCUGCAUCCCGCUCCACAACAAGAUGGAAGACGCGGCGACGGCCGAGAUUUCGCGCGUCCAGGUGUGGCAGUGGCUCCGCCACGGCAAGUCGACCAAGGACGGCAAGCGCAUCACGAAGGAGCUCGUGCUGAGCAUCCUCGCGGCGUGCACGCAGAAGCGCGUGACGCAGGCCAAGGCUGGCAACAAGUACCAGCUCGCGCACGACGUGCUCGUCGACGUCUUGACCAGCGACAAGUUUGAAGCCUUCUUGACGCUGCCGUGCUACCCGCACAUUGUCACGCUCGCGCCCAACGCCAAAUUGUAAGCGCAACUCAAUGUACUAAAUUCAAAUCUCAGUAUCUACCAUCACCCAA